AUGAAGGAACGUUCUCAAUAUUCGCGUUUAUUAUUUUAUUUAAACGAAUUAACUACAGACCAAGCUAUAAUAGGAUGGGGAGAUCCAGGAAUUCCUAAUUUACAUGAUAUAUCUUGGGGUUCUAAUAAUACUUUUAUACAAGCUAUGUAUUAUCGUUUAGCUCAAACAGUUUCUUUUUCUAAUUCAUUUAUUGUAAAUGCUGAAAAAUUAGCUGAAACAGAUCAAGAAGUAAAAAGCUAUAUAGCCGAAGCUCGCUUUAUUCGUGCUUAUGCUUAUUAUAAUCUUAUAGAUCUUUAUGGAAAUGUUCCUUUAGUCACAAAAAUUUCAUCAGAAUUACCACAACAGAGUAAUCGUAAAGAAAUAUUCAAUUUUAUUGAAAAUGAGUUAAAAGCAAUUGAAGAAGAACUAAAAACAGGUAAAGGAAAUGAAUAUGGUCGUGUAGACAAAGUCGCAGCCGAAGCAUUAUUAGCACGUUUAUAUCUGAAUGCUGAAACUUGGAUUGGUGAAGCUAAGUAUACUGAAGCUAUUACAUAUGCUAAAUUAGCUAUGCAGUCUCCAUAUAAAAUAAAUACGAAUGAUACUAAUAAAAAUGGUUCUGCUUAUGAUGAAUUAUUUUUAGCGGAUAAUGAUACAAAUGGAGCACAAGAUGAAGCUAUUUUUACUUUAAAUUUUGAUGGUGCUAAUUCUCGUACAUACGGUGGAUCUACAUUUAUAGUAAAAGCUUCUAUUGGAGGAAAUAUGAAAGCUCCUGACUUUGGUGUGAAUGGUGGUUGGGGAGGUCCUCGUACAACAAAAGCCCUUGUAGAACAAUUUUCUAGUUCUAUUUCUGCUACAAAUCAAAAUGGAGAGCCAACAGCUUGGAAAGAUAAAAGAGCAAUGUUUUUUAGUGGGUCAUUCUUCGAAAUAAAUAAUGUAGGUACAUUUACAGAUGGUUAUGCUGUCGCAAAAUGGUCUAAUAAAAGAGCUGAUGGUGCUGUAACAAGAGAUGCUACUGGAGAAUAUGUUGACACAGAUAUACCAGUCAUUCGUUUAGCUGAAGUUUACCUAAAUUAUGCAGAAGCUGUCCUAAGAGGUGGAGCUGGAGGAGACAGAGCUACUGCUCUAAGUUUAAUUAACGAAUUACGCACUAGAGCAUACGGAAAUACAAGUGGAAAUAUUACAGACUCUCAAUUAAAUUUAGAUUUCAUUUUAGAUGAGAGAGCAAGAGAAAUGUAUUGGGAAGGUACUCGUCGUACAGAUUUGAUUCGUUUUAACAAGUAUACAUCAAAUUACAAUUGGCCAUUUAAAGGUGGAGCUGCAAAUGGGACAUCGUUCCAGCUACAAGAGCACUAUUCCCUAUUCCAAACAAUAUUAUUGUAA